UUUUAGUUAAGUUUUUAUGACUAUUUAAUGAUAAAUUUAGUAGCAAUUAAAUAUAGUAUUUUUAUUAAAUGAAUAGAAUUUCAAUUAUUCUAUUAUUUAAACAGUUUUAGUUAUCAGAUUUAUUCGAAUAGAUCGAUUAUCAAUCCAAAAAUGUAUUUCUACAUUUUCUUUGUUAUGUAUCUAGCGAGUAGUUUCUCAAAUGGACUUCUUUUCUCUUCUAAUCCUUUGAAUGAGAAAAACGAAUUAAUUGAACUAGCGUCAUCCCGUUUGGAAAAUAUUUUUUUAUCAAAUACAAAUAAUAAAAUAAAAGGUAUGGACUACAAUGAAUUUAAAAUACUACUGAACAAUUUUAGAUGGUUACACCGUAAAAACGAUAAUGAAAUCGAAGAACUAUUCAAGAAUGAAGUUAAUGACAUAAACGGAUUUAUGAAUUUUGAUCAAUUUAAGAAACAUGUGUUGAAUUUUAUCAUAAUAAUCGAGUCUAAAAUUAAAAAUCAUUAUAAGAAAUUUCUCAAUAAAAAAAAUAAGAUGACUUCAAAUAAUUUAAUAGAAGCUCUUAAAAAAGUAAAAUUCGACCUCACUCUUGAAGAUGCUUGUACAUUAAUGACUCGUUUUAAAGUUAAAGACAAACAAGAUAUUAAAAUGGAAGAAUUCAGAGAAAUAAUCGGGUAUAAAUAUCAUGAAAAAUUUGCUGACCUUAAAAAAAAAAAAAUAAAUAAUGGAAAUUAAAAUAAUCAUUCAUGUAUUUAAAUUAUAUCAAUUUAACAAUUUGAAUAUAUAAAUCACUGUUAAAAUUAUAUUGAUAAUAAAGUUAGUUUAGGAGAUAAUAGGUUUUAUUAUUGUACAACUGUUAUUCCGGGAGGAGCUAAGAAAGGUAUUAAUUUUGUUACAAAAAUGUUUAUAAUUGCUAAAAAAGAAAAAUUUGAUAAAUAAAAAAAAAAGUCAUUUUAA